GGCUCCUCCUAGCUUCAGGGAGGGCCAAGGACGUCACGGACGAGCGGUGGAGCCUCCGGCGCGUCCCCGCGCACCUUUCUUCCCCUCCCUCCCCGGAGACGCGAGGGCGACCUGACUGCACUGCACAACACACUCGCUCGCGUCCCCCGCCAACGGCCGAGACAUGGCGGCUCUCAGACGCCUCUCCUCCUGGCGACGGCUCUGCGCCUCCGCCCGCGGCCCCAGAGGCCCCUGCACUAAGGGUUGUGUUUCCUACUUUUCAACCAGCAUGCGUCGCCAUGCCACAUUUUAUACAGAUCCAGUGGAAGCUGUAAAAGACAUCCCUGAUGGAGCCAAGAUCUUGUUUGGUGGUUUUGGGUUAUGUGGAAUUCCAGAGAACCUUAUAGGAGCUUUACUAAAGACUGGAGCGAAAGGGCUAACUGCAGUCAGCAACAAUACAGGGGUCGACGGCUUUGGCCUGGGUAUUUUAUUUCAAUCCAAGCAGAUAAAACGCAUGCUUUCUUCAUAUGUGGGAGAAAAUGCAGAGUUUGAACGUCUGUACUUAUCUGGUGAAUUAGAAUUAGAGCUGAUACCUCAAGGCACACUUGCAGAGAGGAUUCGUGCAGGUGGGGCUGGAGUUCCUGCGUUUUACACCAGCACAGGGUAUGGGACCUUGGUGCAAGAAGGAGGGAUACCGAUCAAAUACAACAAAGAUGGCAGCAUUGCCAUUGCCAGUGAGCCAAAAGAGGUGAGAGUGUUUAAUGACCGACAUUUCGUUUUAGAGAAAGCAAUUACAGGAGAUUUUGCCUUGGUGAAAGCCUGGAAGGCAGACAGAGCAGGAAACGUAAUUUUCAGGAAAAGUGCACAGAAUUUCAACUUGCCGAUGUGCAAAGCUGCAGAAACCACGGUGGUAGAGGUUGAAGAAAUUGUGGAUAUUGGGUCAUUUGCCCCAGAAGACAUUCAUGUUCCUCAGAUUUAUGUAGAUCGCCUUAUAAAGGGAGAAAAAUAUGAGAAAAGAAUUGAGAAUUUAUCAAUCCGGAAAGAGGACAAUGUAAAAACCAAAUCUGAUGGACGUGGCCAUAACGUGAGGGAACGUAUCAUCAGGCGAGCGGCUCUUGAAUUUGAGGACGGCAUGUAUGCUAAUUUGGGCAUAGGGAUCCCACUUUUGGCCAGCAGCUUUAUUAACCCAAAUAUAACUGUUUAUCUGCAAAGUGAAAAUGGAAUCCUCGGUUUGGGUCCAUAUCCACUACCAAAUGAAGUUGAUGCAGAUUUAAUCAAUGCAGGCAAGGAAACAGUUACUGUUCUUCCAGGAGCCUCUUAUUUCUCCAGCGAUGAAUCAUUUGCCAUGAUUAGAGGGGGACAUGUCAAUAUGACGAUGUUAGGAGCAAUGCAGGUUUCCAAAUAUGGUGACGUGGCUAACUGGAUAAUACCUGGGCAGAUGUUGAAAGGAAUGGGAGGUGCUAUGGAUCUAGUGUCCAGUAUCCAAACCAGAGUGGUGGUUACCAUGGAGCAUUCCACAAAGAAAAAUGCACAUAAAAUAAUGGAGAAGUGCACAUUACCAUUAACUGGAAAGCAGUGUGUCGACCGCAUCAUUACUGAAAAGGCUGUGUUUGACGUGGACAGCAAGAAAGGGCUGACUCUGAUCGAACUCUGGGAAGGCCUGACAGUGGAUGACAUAAAAAAGUGCACUGGGUGUGAUUUUGCAGUUUCACCAAAACUCAUGCCAAUGCAGCAGAUCACAAUUUGAAAUGUGGAACAGACAUUUGUCCCAAGCUGUGUGUUUCUCAUUUUAACCACAUAGGACAUCAGUAAUCAUCAGUAAUCAUCAGUAAUCAUAAUUGUAUUUUUAACAAGCAACUUUUGACUAGUUUUUUUUCUUGCAUUUUAUUCUGUAUGCAGUCAUAUAGAUUUUGUUCUUGCAAGCAUGCUGUGACAUUUUAAUGAAAAACAAAAAUAAAACAUAUAUGAUUAUCUUAUUUGUUUUAUAAGUGUUGAGAAGUUGCUGCUCAUAUUGGAUUUCUCUCCAUCUUCUGUGGUACGUACCUAAAUUGUGUGCAGUUUGUAUUAAGACGGACCUGUAGGAAGAGUUUCAUUGUUGUACUUUACUCAUGAAUGAAAUCUUAACAUGUAGAAAAAAAAGAAUGAGGGUAGAAAAUAACUUCCCCCUGAGUCUACCCAAGGCAACAUUGCACUAGUCCUGAAAGAUAACAUAUAUGUGAAUUUUGAUUAGUAGAAAUGCUGAGUUAAUGAUUAUUUUUCCUUUGACCUCUGACUUUUCUUUUUGAGUUUCUGAUUUUGUGAUUACAUCUCUUCUCCUCUCACACUUUUGGUAACUAAAUAGAUGCCCAUGAAGGAAAACAGAAACAUUUUUAUGGGAUGUUCCUGUUAACUGGUUUGUGGAAAAGACCAAAGUGUGUAGAGUCUGUUGGUGCUUAUAUCCUACCAAAAGAUUGCCUUUAUAAACAAACCAACCAACCAUCUGUGCUUUGCCAAAGACUAAGGUUUAGUAUAGGAAGAGGGCUGUAACCUAACUGAUCUAGUCAGUUUUCUUACUUUGAAACACUGCAGUAUCUGUAUGUAUCCAGAAGGUCCUUAAGGGUCUAUAUCUGUGUUAUUGAAGACCAGUGGGCUAUUUGAACAAUACUUUCUCUCAAACCGAGAAAGGCUGUGGAUAAUUUAUCAUGAAUCCAUAGUCACAAUGACAGCAGAGUUUUUUUUUUUAAAUCUUUCUUUUUAGGCGCUCUUAUUUCUGCUUAGAAAUGUUUCUAAAUAUUGAAUGCCUUUUUCUACAGAACAGUUUUCUUUGUCCCAGCUCCUUCGUUGAACAAAGUACUUUUAAUUCAGCUCUAUCCAAGUAGAGGAAAUAAUGAUCAAAUCCAGGAUUUAAAGAGCAGUGAGUGAAUUUUCAUUGUUAAAAAAUAAACUUGGUAGAUUAGGUUUUAUAAGGAACUUCUCUUCAGAGGUAUCCUCAGUACCAAACAGUUGCCCAGGGGGUGACCAAGCAUCCUAGGUGUCAAACAAGGGGUGAAAGUCUAGGCAUCCUGAAGACAGGCCAGAGAGCUAUGCUCUGGACAGAGGGAGGCACAUUACAGUACAUUAUGUCAUUCCUCUGGCACUAGUUACAGAAAUUUAUACAUGUUUUUAGGUGAUGGUUGUCAUUGAAACUCACUUUCUCUUCAAACACAGCUAUGGUUGUGUCACAUACAGUUUUGGAGGAGAGAGGCUUUUUUUGUGAGAUGCACACUUCAUAUAUAAAAUAGUCUUUCUGGAUGGCUGCAUGGUUGAAAAGCAUUUUCUCCCAUUACUGGUAAAAUGGACUCUUAGAAUUUUUGAGCCCUAGAGAAUAAUAUAUAUCUAUGUCAGAGUUAUGAUUUGGAAAAAUGGUGUUGUUAGUGGUUGCUAUAUAUGCCAGCUUGCUUGCUCAUUACUCCAGUCUGCUACUUUUAGACAAUGUGAUUCUAAGAAUGUUCCCAAAACUUCGAAUGGCAAAUGACUUUAUAUUCUUGAUUAAAGAGUGACAUGGAUAUUAAAAGCAUUAAGAAAUAAAAUAAA